AUGUCCUCUGAUCCGGUUGUGGACAGUGUUUCCGAGCUGCUCCAAGAGCUCGAGGCGACCGAGUAUGCGCCCCCGACGUACGAGGCGAUGAAGAAGCACCUCAGCACCACCAAGGUUGAGCUGUCGCGCGAGGAAGGAAAGCUCAAGAAACUUGAGUUCAAGGAUUGGGAAGACAUCAAGAACCGGACGACGAAGCGGCUCUUUGUGAAAGUGAAGCACAUGGGCUCGCACAAGGAGAAGCUGGACGCAAUGGAAGAGAAGGAGGAGCGGGAGUACGUCGAGGCGUUCGGGAAGGAGCAGGACUCGCGUGCCAAGAUCUCCGAACUGCAGUCGCAGAUCAAGGAUCUCGAGCAGCAGCUGAAGGCGCUGGAACCGUAUGUCGCGCAGAACCAGCGCCUGCAGCGACAACUGGCGGCACUGUACAAGCGUGUCUUUGACGGCCCCACGCCACAGUAUCCGCAGGAAGACGCGGCCGAGAACAAGUACCAUGCGGCCGAGAAGAGACAGCGCGAGCUGCUCGAGCACCAGACCAACUUGCGGCGCGCGAAUCAGCUCGUCCAGCGCGCCACCAUGCUGAUUACGUCCGCACAGAGGAGUGCGCGAGAGGCGCAGAGCGCAUCCCAGUGGGAUAUGUGGGGCGGCGGCCGCAUGGCGGACUACAUGGAGCGAUCAGCGCUGGGACAGGCGCAGAACUGUAUCGACCAAGCGCGCAUGACCUGGGAGCAGGCGAGGCAGUACGUGCCGGAGCUCGCGCCGUUCCCGCAAACCACAAUGCCGAUGGGCAACCUCUUCGGCGACGUCUUCUUCGACAACAUCUGGAGCGACAUGGCCUUCCACCAGAAGAUCAUGGACGCCUCGCGGCGUCUGGACGCCGUCGCUGCCGCGAUCGCAGACGGCGCCAGACGAGUCAACGCACGCACAGGCGAGGCGGAGCAGCUGGCCCAAGGAGCGGGGAGGGAGCUGGACGCGGCACGCAAGCAGCUCGACGGCGUGCGCCGGGAAAUCUUCGAACGGGCUGCAAACCCGGCACCUCAGUAUAGUGCUGCACCGCCGCAGCCGCAGACGACCGAGUUCGCCCCGCCCUCUGGCCCGCCGCCGCAGGGCGGUGGCUUUGCGCCGCCCGAUGGUCCGCCGCCCCCGAGCGGACUUGGAGCGCAGAGGACGCCAAGCGCCCCGCCGCCGGAGUACAGGCCGUAG